AACAAUGGACAAAGAGUCUAUUUUGCUACAUGGCUCCCAUCAAAGGACAAUGACUUGAUCUGUAUGGCUCCUAGUGAUGGACAACGGGCCAAGCAGGUGUGGAAGCAGCUGAAGAUAUCAACAAUUUUGGAUCACGAAGCUGCCUAAACAUUUGGCGCCAUCUAUGGGAAACCGAACAAAAAGCAUUGUGACUUAACCAGUACGAGCUGAAAAUGGUGUGUACCUUCACAAGAAACCACCCCCCAAGAGAGAAUGUGGAUGGCCAAGAUAACACUCAGGUGUUGGAAAGUGAUCUUAAUGACUUCCAAACGCUUCCGAGAAACCUCUUCAUUGGCGGUGCAGAACAAGAACAGUCGAACACUUCAGAUGAUGAUGAAAGAACACCUACAGGACCUGUAGAAUCUGCUCGAACGUCUGAGCUGGAAGAAAGAACAAGAGUUCAAGAGAUAGCCAUGGGAAAAAUUCUCUCUCGCUUGAUCCCCGAUGACCCCUUGAUUCCCUUGCUGAAUAGGGGCGAGCAACCGGUUGCAGUAGUUACAACUCGUAACUCCCCGGCCCUAAGCAAUGCUCUCGACUUGGAUAGUGCCCCUCUCAACUUGUCCAUCACGGCUGAACCAUAUCAAGAGGGAUUUAAAAUUCCUCAUUUGGAGACAUAUGAUAGCUUAGAAGACUCGGAUGAACAUCUGCAUACUUAUCAAGCCAUCAUAAGGAUCCAGAAUGCCACUGACGCCAUGAUGUGCAAGGUUUUCCCUAUGACGUUGAAGUCAAUGGCCAGAAGAUGGUAUGACCGACCUCAGGGGCAGAGGUAUCAACUCGGCAGCCGCAAGGGUGUGUAUCAAGACAACCAAUAUCCUUUCGAGCAGGGCAGAGUGUACAUGGGACAUCAAUUCAAUAGGCGAGGCCAAGGACAGAGAACUGCCACCCAGAACCAAAAAGAUAGGAAAUGGAUAGGCCAUGCGGGGAUACCCCCACCCUUUAGCACAACAAACAUGAUCUCAGGUGGGGUAGGAGUGCUUAAGGGGAACCAGAAGAUGGCCAGAGCCUGCUAUCAAGAUACAUUCAAGAAGGUUGAGCUUGUUGCAGCCCUGGUAGGCUUUUUUGAAAUUCGCAGGCUGACCAAGCUUAGUCAACAGACAAUGAGCAUAUCAGAUAUUGAGCACCGACUUGAGGGUGUCGAGCAGAAGGCUGAGCCAGUAGAACCAAUGGAAGCAGUCCUUUUGAACCUUGACAUAUCGGAAAGAACAGUUAAGGUUGGCACAAAGCUCACAACGGAAGAACGAGCUGAACUUCUAGAGUUUUUAAAGGUUAAUCAAGAUGUGUUUGCAUGGACGACGAAUGAAAUGCUUGGCAUUCCAACAGAGUUGGCAGUCCACAAGCUCAGCAUGGACCCCACUAGAAGGCCGGUGGUUCAAAAACGUCGCCUUUUUGGUCCUGAGAAGCAAGCUGCUAUAGAUGAAGAAAUUCAAAAGCUACUACAAGCAGAUUUCAUCAAGAAAGUUGAAUACUCUAAGUGGGUGUUUAACCUUGUGCUCGUCAAGAAAUCAAACGGCAAGUGGAAAAUGUGUAUUGAUUUCACUAACUUAAAUGAGGCAUGUCCAAAAGACCCUCACCCCUUGCCAAAUGUUGAGAAGUUGGUAGAGCGAGCAGCCGGACACGAACGCAUGGGUUUCCUUGAUGCCAGCUUGGGUUAUCACCAGGUUAAGUUGUUGUUGGAUGAUCAGGAGAAAACGGCUUUCUAUGCUGGUGACGCAAUCUACUGCUAUGUCAUGAUGCCAUUUGGCUUGAAAAAUGCUGGCGCGACAUAUCAGAAGUUGGUGCAGGUCGUCUUUAAGCUCCAGAUCGGUAGGAACAUUGAAGUAUAUAUGGACGACAUGAUAGUCACCGUUGAAUACGCUGUAAGGGAAGUUCAUGAAGGAGUAUGUGGCACACAUAUAAGUGGUAAAGCAUUGGUUCGGAAACUCCUGAGACAUGGGUAUUACUAUCCUGCUAUGGUCGAGGAUGCACAGAGUUAUGUCAAAAAGUGUUCUACCUGCCAGUUCAAUGCUGAUGACAUUCACAUGCCAAUUUGUGGCUCAGCUCGGUCAUCUGUGUGCAGGUUUGGCAUACCUAAACGGAUCAUCGCUGACAAUGGUCCACAGUUCCGAGCCGUAGCACUCAAGUCAUUAUGGAACGACUAUGGCAUUGAGCUCGCCUUGACGUCUGUAUAUAUUCCACAGUCAAAUGGGCAAGCCGAGUCCGCCAAUAAAAUCGUCUUGCGAGGCCUCAAGACGCGUGUUUUAGCCGGACACUCUAAUUGGGUUAACGAGCUCAAUAAAGUGCUCUGGUCAUGUCGCACUACACCCAGCUCGAUUACAGGCGAAACCCCAUUCAGCCUCGCCUAUGGAGCUGAGACCGUCAUCCUUGUAGUGGUUGGAUUGCCAUUCGACAGAUCAAAUCGGCAUAAUGAUCCUAGUAAUGAGCAACUUUUAAGAGAUAACCUAGAUCUUGUAGAAGAGGUGAGGGAGAUAUCUUGAAUAAGAAACGUGGCACAUUAAA